UUUGUAAUCACUGCACCCAGUUUGCACCCCCAAUAAAGCACCGAAGGCACCAGGGCUUUAACACAAAUCGUUAACUAUGUAGGUGAAGCUAGUGUCGUGUGGUGAAAGUUGCAGGCUACGUUACGUGCAUUCCAAGCCGCUUCAUAAUGUCGACCCGUUCGCAACUGACGAAAGACCUAAACGAGAGUGUAAAGACUCUUCUAGGCCGCCACACCAAAAUUCUGGUAAAGUACAUGGUAAAACUUGAGGUAAAAAGCGAUAAAACGGAGAACAGAGUUUUGGUUUUCACACCCGUGCGAGUGUAUCUGCUUACAGCCAAAGUACCGACAAGGAUAGACUGCCAUUUUCACUACCUAGAUAUACAAUCGAUCGAAAGUCGGAAGCCAACGCAUUUUACAAUAACCACCAACGAUAAGAGUUACUCCUUUUCAACAAUUGGUGAUGCUGGAAGUUUCACAUCGAAUGCCGACGUAAUUUUAACCGAUCUAUCAUCUGCAAUCAAGCAGAUAUUCCCAACGGUUCCGCUACGGUACAUCAUACGAAAGAUCGAUGUAAAUCCCAUCGAGCGUACUUCCAUCUUUUCGGACGAAUUGCGCCCAUCCGAUCCGCGCAAUGUGGGACCAUGUGGUGGGUUUAGCAUGCAGUACGCCUGCAUGUGCGAUCUACAUGCGGUCCAGUACCGGGAGGAGGUAGCAUGGGACAUCGACACCAUUUACCUCUCGCACGACGCCCGUGUUCUCAAUUUGCGCGACUUUGAUCAUCUGGAGCAGAAAGAUCUGAUGGCGAUCGUUGCCGCGCUCGAGUAUAAUACCUUUUUUCGUGGACUGAAAGCGUCCCAUACACGACUGUCCACGGAAACGCUCGAGCGGGUGUUGCAGGUGCUGCGACGUUCGCUUUGGCUAGAAGAACUGCACCUGGAAUCGUUGGGAUUAAAGUCUGACUUUAUACAUAAGCUAGCUGUUGCUGUGAUAUCAAAUUCUGCGCCUGCAUUACGAUCGAUUGACUUAAGCCACAAUGUUAUCGAGGACAAGGGAGCUACACAUUUGGCUGGACCAAUAGCAAAAAUGUCGAAAGGCUUUUCCAAGCUAGCGCUGGCACAUUGCGGCCUUACGGCCAAAGGGGUUAAUCAGUUGGCUCAUUCGCUGUCGUUAAAUCAAAACAUUUCCAACUCAUUAACGUAUCUCGAUCUGAGUGGUAACAUUCUUAAGGAUGACGUAAACAAUCUGUACAACUUUUUAGCACAGCCUAAUGUAAUAGAACAUUUGGAUAUUUCCCGUACGGAUACAACAUUAGAAAGUGUCUUUGGAGCCCUCUUGCGCGGUUGCGCCACGCAUCUGCUACACUUGAACGUAUCGCACAACAAUUUCGGUACGAAGAAAGGCAAAGAAAUACCGCCCUCGUUCAAGCAGUUCUUCACCAGCAGUCUAAGUCUGAAGCAUCUAAACAUUGCCAGCUGUAAGCUACCACUGGAGGCUCUUAAACAUCUCCUCCUGGGAUUGGCAUGCAAUGAAUCGACGGCCGGACUGUACCUCGAUCUGAGCGGAAACUCGCUAGGAUCGCAGGGAGCUCACGUGCUCGAGUCUUGCAUUCACGGCGUGCGCGUGCUAGCGAGCCUCGAUAUCAGCGACAACAAUAUGGACUACGAGCUAGCACACGUGCUAACAGCGAUCGGUAAAAACCCCUCGAUUCGAUCGUUAUACAUGAGCAAAUGCUUUACCGGCAUGAAGCUGAAACACAUCAGCACUGUAAUGGAUUCGUUGGUGAAUUUAGUGCAGAAGGAAGAUUUCCAGCUGCAGGAGCUAGUGUUAGCGGAAAAUCGGCUUAAAACCGAUCUACACAACUUCAUCAACGCGCUCGGCAGCAACCAACAUUUGCAGAUACUGGACAUCACGGGCAAUCUGAUGGGUGACAUCGGUGCUAGGUUGCUUGCUAAGGCACUGCAGAUUAACAAUAAGCUGAAAACGAUCGCACUCGAUCGGAACAACAUUACACUGCAAGGGUACGCGGACAUUGUGUACGCGCUGGAGAACAAUUUCUCGGUGCGUAACAUGCCGUUCCCGUUGCAUGACAUAGCGCCUUGUCUGAAGCAACACCCGGAACGUACUGAUGGUUUGAUGCGAAAAAUGCAGGAACUAUUGUUCCGCAAUGGAAAUGGAUUCAAGCGUACGCAUGGCCAAGGUUUUCGACUGCAGCAUGGUUUUCUACUCUCAUCCACUCAUCAAGUGUUGGAUAAGUUGGUUGCAGAAACGCAAGAAACGAUGUCCUCCCGGCAGAGCUCUCUCGAUGGUAGCUUGUCGCGUUUACUCGAGGAUGCAGAAAACUGCAAACAGCUGCUCCCGAAGUUGCAAGAAUCCGUACGCUGUGAUCCGCACCCGAUAGAGGUUCGGCUCGGGAAAAUGAAAACGGAACUUCACCAGUCGAUUAAGAGCUAUCUGGAGGAAACGAUGGAAACCAUGCUUCGUACUGGCAUCGAACAGUGUCCCAAAACGUUAGGCUCGCAGGUAGUACUGACCGAGCUACGUAAAGGAUGUGCAGAGCGAUUGACGAUUUCCGAGGAGUUCUUGCAAAGCUGCCUCGUUAACAGUGCCGGUGGGGAAGUGAUGAAUCGCAUCAGCGAGGUAGAGCAAUCGUUGGCAAGUUUAAUAUCUGAUCGCGCAACGGACGAGGUGCUCGAAGCGUUAACACGCUAUCGUAAGGGAUUGGGCAUCGCCGAGGGACCACUCAGCUAUACGGACGAUUUGCAUUCGUUGGAUGGAAGCAAACAUAAUUCUAGUCAGAGCACCGAGCCGAUAGCAAACUUCGAAUUGCGUGGAUUAGAUUUGCCGAAACUUGGUCUUGAUUCACCCACGAAAUUGGAAUACCUAAACCUAGCAACACCGCAACUGCAACACAAGCGUCGUUCGAUCGCAAGAAAGGUACGGCCCCAGUCGGUGGUCGGAUUGGGUGUAGAAAAUCUAAGCCUUGCUAACAUUCCGGACGUUACCGAAGCGUCCACUGCGAGUGUGUCACGGAGCAGCAGCAACACUAGCGGUUCGAAGAAGUACGAAUCGCCGAACGCGAAGGAAGACGAAUGUUGCGACUCAAUAACGGAGCUCCCGAGUCAAUCGCUGACCCUACAACAUUUGGUAAAAGGACGUCCGAAGCGUGCAAAAACACGUGCACCGAAGAAACCGGUCUUAACGGAUAACAGCAGUGUGGUGGGUGGUGGUGGCACGGCAGUAAACGAAGGCAUUGAAUCGUUCUUCCGGCCUGGUUCGGCCACCCCAUCCACACUAACGCCACUCGUUUCGCCCACCUCCGAGGAGUGUAGUUCGCUGAGCUUCGUCGAUAGUCCGACGUUGAGCCGCGAUGAUGGUGGCCGUUUUAGCAAUGUGACAUCCGGUGAAACAACACCGAUACUGGAAGAACGUAAACCACUGAAAUUGGAUCGCUCAUCCCCACUGCUAAAGGGCGUGAACUGGACAUCGCGUUCACGCUCUUCAGACAACUUGGAGAAGGUAUCACCAUCGGUCAACCGUAAAUCGCCCCUGGUGAAAGCGGCCACGGAGGUGGUGGAAACACCGAGUCGCGAAUCACGCCCGGUGGAUAAUGGUGCUACAACAAUAACGGGCAGUAAAUCACCUAGCAACGAAUCCGUGCGCAGUAGUAGUCACCACGUGGAACCGCCGCCACAUGGAAUGUCGCGGCUUGGAAAUGGGACCGGACAGAAAACACCGAUCAUUUCACCGAAACCACGGCCGUGGUCGGUGCUGGGACAUGAAUCAAAAGCUGAGUUCAACGAACCAUCUGUCGACAGCAUCGAUACGGAUGGGGAUCUGGUGCUGAUCUCCGGCCAAACGCCGGGAGGAUCCAUUGUUGGCAUAACGCCCGGUGCUAUAAGUACGGCCGGCACGGGUGGAAGUAUACUGGGUAUUACGCCAGGUGCCGUCAUCGAGAAGAAAUCCGUCAAGGACAUGGCGGCAGGACUAAACAAACUGGGAGUGAAACUCGAGCGUAAUUCGCAAAUGCGAAGUUCCAUUUCCUCUCACUCGGCAUCAGCCGUAAUGCGUACCUCAUCGUCCUCACUGCUAGACCGCAAUAGUCAAAAAAGUAGUAGCUUUAAAAGUAGCGGUAGUACUAGUAGCAGUCCGAAUAGCAGCUUUAAUAAAAAUGGUGAUACUGCACUGCCUGGCAGCAGCACUGACGAAACCGUCGCACAACCGCCCGGAACGCCACCGAAAGAUGAAACGCCCAUUAAGCGUAUUGUGGCUGGCAAGAAAAUUACCGCUUUGUUUGAGGAGACACUAGUUGAAGGGCUGCAGAAAUCAUCACGUAAAACCAUGUACAGAGAGUCAACCGUCUACAAGGACGAAGACACGGUCGAUGUGUGACGCGGACUCGGGAUGAGCUGGAUGAGCUCCACUUUUCACUCAACUGAUACAAAUGCAAAAUUAGUCCUACUGCAAAUGGUACGCAGUUAGGAGCAUCCAUGGAACAAAGCAAAUUGCGCUCAAGAGCACUGCAAAGCAUCACGGAAGGAAAGGCCCCGUAGUGGAACAAGGUUGAGACAAGUCAGUAGUUUUUGGUGCAGAGGAUAUAUGGAUAAGGCAGGGUACAUCAGAACGUAGGUUUCUUUUAUCCCCUUUUUUAUAUCGCAUAUUUUUACAGGUUCGUUUUUGUUGAUCUACUAUAUUCUUUUAACAAUCUUUUACAACACCGAGACUCGGCAAUGCAAAGACUCAACUCUAAUGCGUACCAAGAAAAGUAUUAUUUUUACUCCCAAAAGCGAGCAGACGCGUUGUGUACACAACGAUCUAUUGUUGCGAUCUAUUUUCUUUUAUCGUUUCUGCUCUUUAGUCGGUGCUCUCCUAUUGUGAGUGUUUUAAUGUGUAUUAUCUGUUUAGUGUAAUGUAAGUCUUUUUUUUUUUGUUUAGCUGUACUAUCGCCACACCCUACGGUAGCUCAUUAAAAGACUGUUAUUAUUGUCCUCCAACAUUUUUUGGUAACGGAACAGGUGCGUUAUUAGAACCUAGCGUGUAAAAGACUAUGAAGGUUUGUUUUUUGCUAACUUCUUUGCCUUCGUCCAGGGCAUCUUUUUUACGGGCAGGAAUGUUAUUAAAGGCUGCUGGUAAGGUUUAGGGGUUAAGGGUACUCUAGUGUGGCUAUCGAACGCAGCAUACAUGCCACAGUGUGUGCCACAGGUACGCCGGGUCGAAAAGACAGGUCAAAAAACAAUUGAAAACAGAAAUAUGAUCGGAUAUGUGUUGGCUCUCGUAGGGCGGAAACGGUGAUCUGCAUCUCUUUUUGUAGAAUACACAUACAUACACUGGUGUGACGAAGUUAGGAAGAGAAGGAACUGUGCCAAAAUAAGGAUAGUAAUAUGCGAAAUCAGCUGCAAAUAAAAAAAGCAUUCUAGAAGAGUAACCAAUGGUCGUCUAGAGACAUCGAUAAUCGUACAUAGUUGUCAUGGUGACGAAUAAACGAACCGCAACCGCAUAUAGCAGUAUAGUAGACUAGAUCACACAUUAGAUCAAUUACACACAGACCCCACAUUUGAGCAUUAUAAUACUCAGAGUUCGAGAACGUAACCACGGUAGAGAAGUUUGAUGAUUUCGACAUUGAAAGUUGAGCACAAAUAUAUAAAUGCUAAGUGUGUAAUGAGCUCCAAGUUUCAUUGUCCCCUACUGCCGAUGAGGAAGCCAUUUCUGUCGCACAUAAAGAUGCGCUUGGCUGAGCGUAUGGGCAAUUGCAGGUGCAGCAGCACUUUGUGGCACUUACAACGAACCCGGAUAGUAAUCGAUCCCUUGAGCCGACACUCUAAUAGAACCACACGUUAAUAAACAAUCGUAUGUAUUUUUCCGUAGCUUAGACCGUUUGUGGGUCGUUUCGAAUAAACUAGAGCAACACGAGAUGAGCGUAAGCCUCCAACAAUACUACACUCCAACAAUAAA